AUGGGGAAACCACGGAUGAUCAUAUUGAUUCGUCAUGCUCAGUCGGAAGGGAACAAAAACCGCCAAAUCCACCAGUAUAUCCCAGACCACCGCGUGAAACUCACGGCAGAAGGCUGGAAACAGGCUGAGGAAGCAGGGCGGAGGCUACGCUCUCUGCUGAAACCAGACGACACCAUCCAAUUCUUCACUUCGCCAUAUCGCAGGACACGGGAAACCGCUCAGGGCAUUCUCUCGACCUUGACCACAUCCGAUCAGUCCGACCCCUGCGGCCCAUCGCCCUUCCAGCGAGAAAACAUCAAAGUGUAUGAGGAACCACGGCUUCGUGAGCAGGACUUUGGCAAUUUCCAGCCAUGUUCGGCCGAAAUGGAGCGUAUGUGGCAAGAGCGGGCAGAUUAUGGUCACUUCUUCUACCGAAUACCCAACGGAGAGUCGGCCGCCGACGCCUACGAUCGGAUAAGCGGGUUUAACGAAAGCUUAUGGAGGCAGUUCGGCGACGAAGACUUCCCAAGCGUCUGUGUGCUGGUCACGCAUGGCUUGAUGACAAGAGUCUUCCUCAUGAAAUGGUACCACUGGUCGGUGGAAUACUUCGAGGAUCUUCGGAACGUCAACCACUGCGAGUUCAUCGCCAUGAAGCAGUCGGAGAACAACGGCAAGUUCAUCUUGCAGAACUCGAUGCGAACCUGGUCGGAACUCAAGCGUCGCGCUGCUGCCUUGAAUGCCGAAGCUGGUGGGAACGACAAAGGCACGAACGCCACACCGAAAGACCAGGGAGAACUCUUGGACUCCGCCGAUGUCCCGACACGAAGAUGGGGCGGGUGUGCCAACGGAUGUAACCAUGCCCACCUCAACUAUCCCAAUCGACCACGGAGGCAGAAUACAAUCGACUACCUACAACAGCCAGUAAAGCAUGACAUAAGCACGGUCCGAGAACUGCAACGAGAAUCGGAUGAUCACCCGAUCGCUUCCCAGGAUGCAAAAAAGCACGGUGCCGUUCCCCGGAAAGGAAAGGCGUUUGGAAUUGAUAGUGCCAUCGCUACUAAGGAUGGCACUCGAAGCAGAGGCCAUGGCGAUAGAGGAUCAAGGUUGGAGCCCAUAUACAACGAUCAAGGGCCCGAAUCACCAAUAGAGACACCAUCGACCGCUGCUUUCUCGUCUGAAGCGGAAGUGGCUGACAGUGAAGCGAGCCGUUCUCGUGCGAGCCGUCAUCACCAGCACGAUGAUCACCGGCCUGGGAAAAUGAAGAGCCUCAGCUCCAACCUACUCGCUCCAGACUCAUCGAAUCCCGCUCGAUCACAACGGCCGAACCACUUUCAUUUGAUGGGGCGUGACUUCGGAGGCUCUCAUUCUGGGGUGAGCACCCCGGCCGAUAUACUUUCUGCCGAUUCCAAUUCUGCAUCCGACCUUGACGGCUUUGAUUCGCAUGCCACACCCGCAACGAAAUCUCAAUCGAAGUCGCUCCCAAUCCAGUCUCAGUUUUUGUCGCGGAAUAAGCGGUCCAUGACCCGGCAAGAACUGGAGGAGGAAAGCGGCAUGAACGGCGCUGCACGAGCCGACGCUCUGGGUGAUGCGGAAGACGAAGGCGAUAUUCCAGCCGCUAAUCUUUCGAAAGAAAUAAACGACGGAUCCGGCAAAACCGCCGGCGGCGACACGCUUCAAGAGUACGAAGGGUGGACUGAGGAGGAUAUCGAGAAAGCGAAGGAGGAGAAUUGGAAGAGCUUUGCUGAAAUUUACUGA